AUGACCAUAGCAUGUCUCAUAAAAUUUCUAAUCAAGCUACAGAAGAGUGUAACAUUUCGCCUCAAUUUUCAUUACAAUGCGGAAAACGAUAUUAUGUGGAUGAGAGGAGACCUUUUACGCAAGACCACCUCGGCAGGAGUCUUCCCCGGAAUACUACACAACGCUUGUUACGAUCAAUUUGCGAACAUUGCUAUUGACGUGGAAACGUUGUUUUCAAAUAAUUUUCUCCAAGGUCAAGCGAUUGUACUUGCUGCAGAUCAAUUCCGUCCAACAGAUGACAUUCGUACCUUACCUUUUUUUGAAACUUUCGCCCCGAAAAAGUGGUAUUUGAUUUACUCCAGAUCAGACCAAAAGGGCUUGGCUACUGAGACUUCGGAUCUACUAUUAGCUCAUAUGAAGCGCAAUGAAAAGGGAAGAAAGGAAAGAUUCGAUUCGAUCAUGAAACUCAAAGGUAUUGAAGGAUGUCUAUGGACAUGGCCAGUAGUUGAAGCUAUUCUGGAAUCCGACUUAUCUGAAGACAAAAAAGGUUGGAGGAAUAACAUUAUUGUGAGAUAG